GCCGGUACGCACCGCGCUCCACUCACACUGCGCACACACUGACGCCGCACCGAGGACUAACCAACAGCCAACAGCACCGACCGACCCACCGUACCGCCAAGACCACCCCUCUCCCCCAGCCUGCACCUUAAUCUGAUGGACCCCUAAACCCCACCGCUGCCAAGAAGAAGAAGAAGAAGAAGAAGAAGAAGCAGAAGAACCAUCAUGGACGAGACGCGCGUGCUGGCUCGAGUCUAGACAUCGCCAAAACCGAAAACUAACGCGCUCGCUCUGGAUCACUCCUUCAACGGGACGAUCUCGAAGAACUAGGCUUUUUUUUGCUCACUUUUUUUCCAAUUGUCCUCGCUGGUUGGAUUUGUGGUACCUCGCUGACUCGCAGGGAGGAUGGAGAGAGGCGGGAGACUGGCGCUACUCGCGUGCGUCCUGGCUGUGCACUUGAUGCCGCUGGCUGCGCACGGUAAUGAAGUUCUAACCAAUGGCACUGAACCGGAGAUUUCAGCCAACCUCACGUCCCUGCUGCCUGAGGAGGCAGAGCCCGAGAAGGCUGCGGAGUCUAUUGUCACGGUAACCGAAGUGAGCGCCUCAGCCGGUCCUGACACUGUGAGCACCACCAGCUCUCGAGGGGGCCGCCUGCCCCGUGCAGGAGAGCAGGGCGGGCCCUCAGAGCAGGGCAGUGGCAUGUUCUCUGAGCCAGUGGUCCCAGCUACAGAAGAAGCAGCCGUCCCACCUCAUAUCAGUCCCGAUUCAGCCGAGACCGAGCAUCUGCUGCCUAGCAACACCCAGGGACAGGAAGUUACGGAGGGGGAGGAGCCAGAGGAGGAGGAAGAGGAGGAGCUUCACACGGCACCACCCUGGAUCCACAACAAAGACACAGCUGUUUUCAAUCUCGACCGUUUUACGACAACCACGCCCCCACCCUCCACCAAUCCACCCAGCCAGGACGUCCUGCAUGUAGACUUCUUUGACCCCUCUUCUCGCGGGCGUGGGCUAGACCUAGCCCCGCCCUCUCCCUCCUCUCAGGCUCAUGAGCUGCAAGGAGGUGACCCCACUUCCUGGGCCAUGCCGGAUAACUACGACUAUCUGACGCCCUACGAUGACGGGGUGUCUCCUACUGCCGAAGACUACUACAUGACAACCACCGACGCCUACGAGAGCGAUGUGGACCUCCGGCUGUCCCGCACCAGGUCCCGCCUGCCGGGACCCAGCUCCUUCCUCCCAGGAGUGGGACGGGCCGGUGUGGGUGGCCCUGUGGCGGCACCCCCUGCUGCCCAGCCUGUGGACGGCUCUGACGGCCGGGGCGGGUGCAGGGUGGGCUACCAGAGGGUAAAUGGAAGCUGCCGCUCGCCCUGUGACCUGCAGCAGAACUACUGCCUGAAUGGGGGACAGUGCUACCUGCUGGAGGGGAUGGGCGUCUUCUGCAGGUGUAACAUCCAGGACUACAUGUGGAACAAGGGGGUGCGCUGUGAGUCGGUGGUCACUGAGUUCCAGGUCCUGUGCUUGGCUGUGGGGGCCUCCGCCGUGGUGCUGCUGCUGCUCUUCAUGAUCAUCGUCUGCUUCGCCAAGAGACUGCACCUGCUCAAGACCGAGAACAAGAAGCUCCGGCGACGCAGUAAGUACAGGCCUUCAUCGGAGCAGCACAAUGACAAUUUCUCCCUGUCCACCAUCGCUGAGGGCUCCCACCCAAAUGUAAGGAAACUGUGCGACACCCCUCCUAACGUCCCCCAUGCCCGUGCAUUGGCUUACUAUGAUAACAUUAUCUGUCAGGAUGAUCCUCACUCCCAGAACAAGCUGGAGGACCCGGUGAAGGCUCCGCCCAAAGAGGACGAAUCCCUGAACAUCCACAACUCCCUGACCCCCAAACCCGACCACCACAAAGUCCUGGGCGAGGAGAACUCCGAGGUAAACUCAAUGCAGAACAACAUGAUGUGAACACAGACACACUGACAACAGCAGGGGGCGCCCUCCCAGCUCUGUCUGACCUCUGCGCGCCUGACCGGUCAACCAACCAGCCUGCCAACUACCAGCCCGACAACCCAGUCUGCUACCGUCUCUAUACGGCUACACUGCCACCAAGCAGUCCCAGCUGCUGCAAAAAAGUCACCCCACCUCCGCUGCCACCAUGGAUGUAUUAUGAGAACUGAAAACAAACUGAAAUUGGGUUGAUUUGGUAUUGCAACAUUUUUAAGGGACAUCUUCCGAAGCAUUCUUAAUCUUUGUUUCUACAAAAAAACUUUUAUCGAUUUUAAAAUCUUUGUAUUUUUGACCAAAUUGGUUUACAUGAGUGGUGAGGUGGGUUGAUUACCUAAUUUUUAUCACAGUACACCCAUGACUCCCAUGGACAGUUGCAGUAUAAAUUGUGAUUUCUUUACAAAUUUAGGAACCUGCAAUAUUCUAUUAUUGUCAAAUAUAUUAUAUUAUAGCAAGGCUUCUGUAAAAGUUGUAAUGAUGCGGGGGAAUGAGUUAUUACCUAGACUCUCAGUGGAAGCUGACAGGAGCUGUUUGGUUUACUGUUCUAUUGUGCCAAUACUUUACAGUCAACAUAGUGCAGCACUGAAGUCAUUCAGGGCAUCUGACAAGAAUAAUGACUUGGUUAACUUUAGCUACAUGGCUCCUGUCUGCUUCUCUAAACUGGGUACAGCUUAAGAAUACAUAUCUUCAGAAAUGUGUCAUCUUCUUUCUUAGAACUUUGAGGAAUAUAACAUCCCUAUUAAGCCUGUCACAAACACAUUUUAAAGUGCGAAAUAUUGUUCAAGAAAAUAUAGACUUAGUAGUUAAGACACAUCGACAAUGAGUCAUAAAAUAGUUAUUUAUUCAACAAAUAACCCAUAAUGUGCCCCACUAAAUACAAUAGUACCCAUGAUAAACAAUGACCAUAAAGAAGUAUUUAACAUCUAUCAUUAAUUGAACACCAAUACUCGUUAUGGAAACUAUCGUGACAGGUCUAAACCCUUCAUUAGGUAGAUUGGAAUUUGAAGACCAUACAUUUUGUCAAUCGUCCGAAUAGAUCAAGUAAAAUUAGUCUAGACGCCAAUGUGCUAAUGCUAACGUGCUAAUUCUCAUUGAAAAUAACAGGGACUGACACUUCUACGGCUACUAUGGUUCUCAAAUACAUCCAAGGCUGCCACUGCCCCAGCUGAGAGUAACCCCCUUCUUCUUCUUCUCCUGCUGCCCCCGCUCCUUCCCUUAUUCAUUGUUUACUGUCACUCUACUGCCCCCUACCCCCCGACCUGCACACACGCACAUAUAGACAAACUGUGGAAAAAAGUGAAAAACAUAGCCACGCUUUUAAUGUGUACACUCAACACUCAAUCCCUGCCUGCAUCAGUGUAUUUUGUAAUAAAAAAAUAAAUCAACACAGUUUAAAGUUGUCAUUGUAUAAAAAAAAAAAAAAAAAAAAAAGAUGAAACUACUGAGAGUUUUUGAUGUUGAUGUAUGACUAAUCCAGUGCGUGUGUAUAAAUAUUGGAAACAUUGCUUGGGUUGAUUUUAAAUGGAACACAGUGUCUUGGUUUUUUGUGAUUUCUAAUCCUUUGAUGUAUUUUGAUUUUAUUUUGUACUUUUUUGAAUUUCGAACAGAGAAUAAACAAAAGAGAUUG